CUCGGCACCAGAAAGGAUUAAGGAGAUGCAUGGUGAACAGUCGCAGUUGGGCCGAAGAACUGCAGGAUAUUUUUGCAGCACAGGCUGAGGAUUGUUACAAUGCAGCACGGACCAGGCUUUCCAGCAUUUCUUAUAUGAGAGGGUCUCCUGGGUCUAGCUUCACUGCAGCGUAGAGGAAGGCAGGACGGCUGUUUUAGUGCGAUGCGCUGAAAGGAUGGUGCACCAGGAGAAACGCAUUUACCAGGCACAGAGGAAUGAGAGAGAGUCCAUCAGGCAGAAACUUGCACUCGGCAGUUUCUAUGACGACGAGCCAGUCAUCUACACCAGCUGCAGCAAAAACGGCCCGUCCUCCCGGCGGCAGAGUGGAGUGAACCUCCAGGUGUGUGUUGUCAAUGAUAGCAGCAGCGACAAGGACAGUGAUGCCGAGGACAGCAGGACGGAGACCAGUCUGGACACACCGCUGUCACCUGUGAGCAAGCAGAGCUCAUCGCUGUCAGACCGGGACACUGCAGAAGAGGACUCCGAUCCAUUAGAUGACUGUGGGGGGUUUUGGCGAGUGCAAAGACGGCUACAGGAGGAGGCCCGGGUGGCGCUGGCUCUGGCCCGACCCAUGGCCCGAAUGCAGGUGGAGGUGGAGAGGCAAAUCCAGCUGCACAGACGUUCGCCUGUGGCAGACCUGCUUCCCCACCUGCCCCACAUCAGCGAGGGCUUGAUGAAGAGGAAUUUAAAGAGAGGGGACAUGAGAGACAUGAGCCUCGGACAACUCCAAGUGAUCACAAACGAUUUCCACUCCCAGAUUCAGAGUCUAAAUGAGGAGCUGGUGCAGUUGCUGCUGAUGAGGGAUGAGCUGCAUGUGGAGCAGGAUGCCAUGCUGGUAGACGUAGAAGACCUCACCAGGCAUGCACACAGCCAUCACAGGCCCCAAGUGGACAAAGCAAAGUAGCAUUCCCAUAAGUCUGUUUUCCUUCAACUUCCUACUCGACGGAUUGUCGCCAUCACAUCUGGGCAUUUGCAACGAUUACCGGAUAAACACAGCUGUAAUACCACUGCAUCAAAGCCAACCAAUAAAAUCCAAAAGAUCAUCUAUUUUGGUGGCUUUCACUAUCACUCAGCAUGAUUGUUAUUGUUGUAAUUCAGAGAGUCAGGGGAAAUUCUUUAAGCUUAAUUACCCCCCUCAUCUUCAUUUACUGCUUUGUGGUUUGUUUUUUCAGUUUUACACAUAUUUUUGGUAAAGCUUGGUUGAGGCUUGUUUCUCUGAAGCUCUGUUUAAAAAAAGCACCAUAUCUGAAUGGCUACAUAAACUCACUCAAAUGGAUGUUUUUAAUUAAUUACAAUAUUUUCAGUUAUCACUACAUUGCAAAAAAUAUAUAUAUAAUGUUGCACAAAAAAUAACCACCUAUGUCUGUUAGUAUGCCACAGUGUAGUCAGGAAAAUGAUGACAAAAUAUGCUUUCAAAGUUGUUAAUCAUAGAAAUUUCACAAAAUAUGCAAAUCGUUUUUUAGACUUUAUUUUUAAAUGCUUAAUCUAGGAAAAGGUGAACCAGAAAUCAUAAACUAUACAAGCUAAAAUAAUUUUCUGUGUAAGAGAUUUAUGCACAUUCUAUAUGUAAAUGUUUAAAAAUUACUUUAAAAAAAGAAUAAAAGAACACACCUUGAGAUGUUUCAGUGUUCUCCUGCUCUGCUUUUUAAGAAUGUAAUUUCACACAAACAUACACUUUGUGUUUGCUUUACUAAUAAUUGUAGUGAAAAUGAUUGUAAAAAAAAAAAAA